AUGGAUCAAGAGAUUACAGAUGCCAUUCAAAAGCAUACUACUGUCAAAGCAAUUGGUAGAGCUGGCAAUGUAAACACGAUGGUCAAGGGCAAGAUUGACACCAAGUUUCAUACUGUGAUGUUCGUUAGGGGCGAAGAAAAAAUAGAAGAUGGUGAAGAAGUAGCAGUAGAGGAAGUGGAGGAUGAACAGUCGAAAAUGGAAGGAAUGACAUCAAUAGCGUUGUUACUAGAUGGCAGCCAUACGGAGGUCAACAUUCUUUUCUCCACAAAUUUCUGCCCUUGGGUAAGAACUGUGAAGGUUAUCAAUGUUUCCUUAAGUGCUUCCGAGCAAGACAUCAAGGAAUUCUUUUCGUUUUCUGGUGAUAUUGAAUAUAUUGAGAUGAAAAGUGAGAAUGAGCGAGCUCAAAAUGCAUUCGUCACUUUCAAGGAGCCUCAAGGUGCAGAGACUGCAGUUCUACUCUCGGGAGCAACUAUAGUUGACCAAUUUGUUACCAUUGUUCUUGCACCAGAGUACACUCUCCCUCCUUUUACAACUACACUUUCAGAUCAACAAAACACCGCAACAGGGGGGCAAGGUGUGGGAGGUGCUGAAUCUGCUGUUCAAAAAGCAGAAGAUGUCGUGAGCAGUAUGUUGGCAAAAGGUUUCAUACUGGGAAAAGAUGCAGUAAACAAAGCCAAAUUGUUUGAUGAGAAAGUCCAGUUUACAUCAACAGCUGCAGCAAAAGCAGCUACAAUAGACCAGAAGAUUGGUCUAACUGAGAAAAUCAACCUGGGGACAACAUUAGUGAAUGAGAAAGUGAAAGAGAUGGAUCAGAAGUUUCAGGUGUCUGAAAAGACAAAAACGGCCUUUGCGACUGCAGAGCAGACUGUAAGUGUUGCGGGAUCUGCCCUUAUGAAGAACCGGUAUGUGCUGACUGGGACCGCCUGGGUCGCCGGAGCUUUCAGCAGGGUGACGAAAGCCGCCAGAGAAGUGGGACAGAAGACCAUGGAGAAGGUGGCGGUGGAAGAACAGGCGGCUAGAACGGGAACCACCAGGACUACUCAUCAAGAACCACCGCCUACUUCUACACACCCUGCUACUAGUUGAACAAGAGCACCACAUGAUCAGGUCUUGUUGCUUCAGUCAAGUGUUAGGCUGUAGAUUAUGCAGGAUUUAUGGAUUUUAUUAUUAUGAAUUUUCUGUUUUUUUUUUCAUGGUUUUAUUGGUUUAGGAGUUGAUAUAUG